UGCUUUGCCCACCUCCUGCUGUGGACGGCCAUUUGGCAAGAGAGUCUCGGAGUGAUCGUGCACUUGACUCAAAGCGGAGUCCUUCGGAAGCCAGAUGCUCCCCCUCCCACCUUUGGACUGAGAGAUGGAGACCUUGAGCGUGGAGGUGAACAUGUCUGUAGAGGAAGGGGCAGCGAUGGCGGCGGAGCUGGAAAAGGAGGCCCAGAAGGCACCCCGCUAUAAACUAUGGGCAGGAGUUAAAGCCCCACAAGUUGUCCACACCGGUACUAUUGGAGAGUUGCAGAUGGUGGCUGCUCCAAAACAGAUGAAACGUGAACCAGAGGAAGGGUUGCAGCAGCGCUGGGAAGCCCAGUGGCAGGAGUUCCUGAGGAUGCUUCAAGCCCCUGACUCUCGGUGGGGGAACCCACGGGUGGCCACUGGACCCACACCCUGGGAGGAUGCUAAGGCUUUCCUGGCCUCCUUUGAGCAGGUUGCGUCAGCUUGUCGAUGGCCUCACGACAAGUGGGUGACCCUCCUCUUGCCGGCCCUCAGCGGAGAAGCCGAGCAGGCCUUCAGAAGCCUCAGUGCCCAAGACAGAGAGGAUUAUGGGAAGGUAAAAGCGGCCAUCUUGCAAAGAGAGGCUGUUGUGAGGGAGAAGCAGCGUCAGCACUUCAGGCGGUUCUGCUACCAGGAAGUGGAAGGCCCGAGAGUGGUUUAUGGGAGACUCCAGCAGCUUUGCCGUCGGUGGCUGAAAACAGAGAGGCACUCGAAGGAAGAGAUUUUGGAGCUGCUGAUCCUGGAGCAGUUCCUGACCGUCUUGCCCCAGGAAAUGCAGAGCUGGGUCCGGGAACGUGUCCCCGAGUCCUGUGCGCAGGCUGUGUCCCUGGCUGAGGAUUACUUGUUGAAGCAGAACACACUGAAAGGGGAAGCUCAGGUUUUGCCGCCUUCCGGGAGGGCAGGUGUGGAUUCCUCCGAAACAGAUCCAAUUCCAUCGCCUGACGGGUGGAAGAGUCAACUUGGCAAGGUUGGGAAGCCACCCAGGAAAGCAGAUGGAGACUCGUGUGAUGAGAUGGAGGAGCCCCAUCUCGGAGGUCCUGUGCUGGUGGCACUGAAAGAGGAGCUGCCGGAAGGAGACCACACCUUCCCCUGUUCCGCGGAGGUGACGGGGCUGCGGAUUCAGCAGGGAUCUGAGAAGGAAGAGGGAGAGCAUCCCGAGGAGUCUGAGGCUGGGGCUGUUCUUUAUUGGGAAGGAGUGCUUGAGGGGUAUCCUCUUCAGCCACUGGAGGUACAAGAUCCAUCCUCACGAAGAGACGAGUCUUCCCGGGGUUAUGAAGAAGAAACACCACUUGGGAGACAAGAGGGGCCCAGGCCAGAGAAGAGCAUGGAGGGCGCUCUUCCCAGCAGGGGAGGGAACGUCCGGUGGGAAGACGCCAAAGGCCUGCCCCGACUUCACCACUGCUACUGCGGAAGGAGCUUCAAGCACCGCUGUAAUCUGAAGGCCCACGAGAGGACCCACACCGGCGAGAAGCCGCACAAGUGUUCCGACUGCGGGAGGAGUUUCGGCAAGGGGUCGACCCUCCGGGCGCACGUGCGGACCCACACGGGCGAGAAGCCCUACAUGUGCUCGACGUGCGGGAAGAGGUUCACGACGCGCUCGGGUCUCCUGACGCACGAGAGGAUCCACACCGGCGAGAAACCCUACAAGUGCUUGGACUGCGGCCGCAGGUUCAUCCAGAAGUCGUGUCUGCUGGCCCACGAGAUAAGCCACAAGGGAGAGAAGUCGUACACGUGCUCGGACUGUGGGAAGAAUUUUGGGCACAGCUCAGGGCUUCGGGUGCAUCGGAGAAUCCAUUCUGGGGGGAAAGCUGUGCAGGGGAUGUUAGAGGAGGCGGCUGUGAACUCCGCUAAGGCAGGACAGGUUCCAUCAGAGCCGGACGACAAGUUGAGUUUAACGGCUGUUGGGCAGGUGCAUGAGGAUUUGGGGAAUAGUCUUCAGGAGGAAGGUAGUGAGCCUGUGGGACCAAGGGACGCAUCGGUGGAAAGGAGCAAUCUUCUCUGGUAUUGCAAACAGGCAGCAAGACUAGGGAGUCAGCAAGCCCCUGGUGGUGAGGGGGGGCAUGAUCCAAUGGAGCGUGUGGAUGAAGCACAUCUCUGUUGGGAAGGCAACUUACAUAGGGAUGAACCCCGAAACCGUGAUUGUGGGGGACUAGAAACAUGUGCUGAUGAAGAAGGAAACUUCAGACAGAGGCCUGGCCUUCUAAAAUGCCGAAGAACACACGUGGGAGUGAAACGAUACAAGUGCUCGGCGUGUGGCAAGAGCUUCAGCCGAAGCACCAACCUCCUGGUCCACGAAAGGACCCACACGGGAGAGAAACCAUACGAGUGCGCAGACUGCGGGAGAAGCUUCACCCACAGCUCCAAUCUCAGGGCACAUGAGAAAAUCCAUGCAGGAGACAAACCAUAUGUAUGCGCAGACUGCGGGCUGACCUUCUACAACAGCUCAAGCCUUACGGCCCACGAGAGAAUCCACACUGGGGAGAAUGUGUACAGAUGCCCGCACUGUGAGAAAGUCUUCACCCGCAGCUCUGUCUUCCGGAAACACGUGAGAAUCCACACGGGGGAGAAACCUUUCAAAUGCUCCGACUGUGGGAAAGGCUUCUCGCAGAGGUGCAACCUUAUUAUACACGAGAAGACCCACACGGGGGAGAAACCCUUUAAGUGCUCCGACUGCUGGAGGAGCUUCAGUCGGAAAUGUGACCUCGUGGCGCACAAGAGAAUCCACACAGAGGAAGACCCCUAUAAAUGUUCCCACUGUGGGAAGAGCUUCUCUCAGAAGUCCAACCUGGUGAUCCACGAGAGAAUCCACACGGACGAGAACCCGUAUCUGUGCUCGCACUGCGGGAAACGCUUCCGUCAGAAGGGAAACCUCGUGAUCCACGUGCGGAUCCACACGGGAGAGAAGCCAUACCAGUGUACAGACUGUGGGAAGAGGUUUAGUCAGAAGGGUAGCCUCACGUCACACGAGAGAAUUCACUCAAAGGAGAAGAGGACCAUUUAA